CUUACUUCAAAUGUCUUAAAUUUAGGUGUAGUUCCUCAAUUUCAUAAACAGUUUUCAAAGAAACACAGAAAGAGAGAGAGAGAGUGAGCCAUGGCACUGCAGAGUAGCUUCUCCAUACAUGAUGAAAAAUAUGAUGAUGAUGGUCUCAUAAAACGAACAGGAUCAUGGGUAACUGCGAGUGCACACAUAGUGACUGCUGUGAUAGGAUCUGGAGUGUUGUCAUUGGCAUGGGCUGUUGCACAAUUGGGCUGGAUUGCAGGGUGUAUUGUUCUCAUACUCUUCUCACUCAUCACUCUCCUCACUUCUUUUCUCCUUGCUGAUUGCUACAGGUAUCCUGAUUCUGUUCAUGGGAUCAGAAACCCCACCUACAUGGCGAUGGUCAAAAGUAUUCUAGGAGGAGUUCAAUACAGGUAUUGUGCAUUGGCUCAGUAUGCAAAUCUCGUGGGUGUUACCAUUGGCUUCACUCUCACAGGAUCCAUUAGCAUGGUGGCCAUACAAAAAUGCAAUUGCUUUCAUAAGUAUGGUCAUGAAGCUGACUGCAGUACAACAAACUAUCAAUUUAUGGCCAUCUUUGGAAUCUUUGAGAUUUUACUAAGUCAAAUUCCCAACUUCCAUGAACUUUCAUGGCUCUCUAUUGUUGCUGCCAUCAUGUCUUUUGGUUAUGCUUCCAUAGGCAUUGGUCUCUCCAUAGCCAAAAUUGCAGAGGAAGGAUACCAUAUCAAUACAGGCCUUACAGGGCUUGUUGUCGGAGUGGAUGUGACAGGCACGGAGAAGCUGUGGAAUACCUUCCAGGCAAUUGGAAACAUAGCAUUUGCAUAUUGUUUCAGCAUGGUUAUUGUUGAAAUACAGGACACAUUAAAAUCAAGCCCGCCAGAAAAUCAAGUUAUGAAGAAAUCAAGUUUGGUUGGAAUUAUAAUCACCACAUUCUUUUAUGCAUUAUGUGGUCUUUUAGGCUAUGCAGCAUUUGGAAACAAGGCACCAGGAAACUUUUUAACUGGAUUUGGUUUUUACGAACCAUAUUGGCUUGUUGACAUUGGUAAUCUUUUUAUCAUCAUUCAUCUAGUCGGAGCCUACCAGGUAUUUGCACAACCUAUAUUUUCUGCUGUCGAACGUUUGGGCAGUAAGCAAUGGCCACAAAGCAAAUUGAUGACAAAAGAAUAUGAUGUAAGAAUUCCAUUUGUUGGCAUAUGGAGAAUGAACAUGUUCAGGUUGACAUGGAGGACAAUUUAUGUGAUAAUCACAACAUUGAUUGCUAUGAUAUUACCAUUCUUCAACAACGUUGUGGGUUUGCUAGGAGCCAUAUCGUUCUUUCCCUUGACAGUGUACUUUCCAACAGAGAUGUACUUGACACAAGCCCAAGUGCCCAAGUAUUCUACUAUAUGGAUUGGGAUGAAAUUGCUAAGUGGUUUUUGUUUGAUUGUCACUCUUGUUGCUGCAGUUGGAUCAAUUGAAGGAAUUGUGUCAGAUCUUAAGACCUACCAUCCCUUCAACCCAAAUUAACCCAGGCUUCUUCUAUCGUUCGAUAAUGAUAAAUAAAUAAGCUGUUAGAAACAACCUUUCAAAAAGAGUUGUUAGAAACAUAAAUAUCUAUAAUUAUAUAUUAUUUCUUGA